AUGUGUGAACAAGAAGUCAAGAAAAUUGUUCAUUUACAAAGUGUUGCAAAUCAAUUGUCUGAUGCAUUUAUAGACACAAAGAAGGUGACAAAAUCACAUAUACAAGCAGAAAAUUCCCCUGCAUGUAUUGAAAUCCCAAUAGAUAAUAAGGCCAUUGAGAAUGAAUCUCAAGCACGCAGAAAGCGUAGGAGACCACUUGGUUCUAAAGACUCUAAACCAAGGAAAUUGAAAAGAUUGGAUGGAAUAGAAAAUGAGACUAAUGAUGUUCCCUCGUCAGAAGGUCAAGAAAGACCAAAUGUGGAUGAAAGUAAAGAAAAUGAUGAUAAUCCAAAAGGGGACUGA